UGAGUGUCCACAGAUACGAUAUGAUAUAUAAAGCUUGGAGUUUGUCGGAGAGCGCACAGAUUUCAGUGAAAGUAGCCAUCAUGCGUGUCCUCCUGAUCGCGACAAUUUGCGUCGCCGCUGUCUUCGCGGCCGACGAGGAAGUGCUGCCACCCUUAGAGGGGAUGCAGAGUCUCUCUAUUACUUACAACACACCGGAGCAAUUAAUGGUGCUGAAGAAUUAUAUAGACACCCCUGGCUUUGACUUCAUGAAGGUAACCGACAAGUUUGCCGAUGUCCUUGUGACGGCUGACAAAGUGAAAGCGUUCAAAGAACUUCUCGAAGAAAAUCGCAUGAAUUACACCGUUGCGAUCGAGAACGUUCAGGAUGCAGUCAUGGAGGAGUACAUCACGCAGCAAGUUGAGCGUAAAGUGCAACAGAGACUUCAAAAUUAUGCUGCCUCUGGAGGAUUAUCGUUCACUUAUUAUCCAACUCUCGCCGAAGUCAAUACUUACCUGGAAUACAUAACAAAAACCCACAGUGACGUGGCCUCGUUAAUUAACAUAGGCGCAUCCUACGAAAAACGGCAGAUGAAAGUCCUGAAGCUCUCAACCGGUGGUAAAAAUAAACCUGCUAUUUUCAUUGAUGCCGGUAUACACGCCAGGGAAUGGAUUGCUCCAGUGACAUCCCUCUACAUAAUAGAUCAGAUGGUCACGAGUCAGAACAGAUAUCUCUUGAAGGACGUCGACUGGUACAUCCUUCCGGUCCUGAACCCUGAUGGCUACGAGUUCACGCAUGCUAAAUCAGCGAAUCGUAUGUGGAGGAAAACGAGGUCCACGAACACUGGCUCGACAUGCCGAGGCGUCGAUGGCAACAGGAAUUACGACAUGGAAUGGAUGACAAUUGGCGCAUCCAGCAGCCCAUGCAGUGAGACGUACGCUGGACCAAAACCAUUUUCCGAAGUGGAAAGUCAACACAUGCGCGACUUCAUCCUAGCACAUAAACAGAAUAUCAAGGCCUACCUCACGUUCCAUUCAUACGGUCAGUAUAUCCUGUAUCCUUGGGGAUUUACGUCCAAGGUGCCUUCGAACGAACCAGAACUGCGUAACCUUGCUAGCAAUUUCGCUAAAGCUAUCGCCAAGUCGCGUAGGACUCAGUACACUUAUGGAACAUCUGCCAAUCAUCUUUAUCCUGCUGCUGGAGGUAGCGACGACUGGGCCAUGGGAAAAGCAGGAAUCAGUUUAUCGUACACCUUCGAGUUACCCGGAGGAAAUUCUGGAUUCCUGUUACCUCCUUCCGAGAUCAAAGCUGUUGGCACUGAGACAUUCGAAGUUAUCAAAGUGAUUCACCAAUACAUCACUUCGAAACACUGACGAACACUAUCGCGCCAAUGACACCCAGUAUCGUCGACUGUACGCGGAUGUAUCUUCAUCCUGAAUCGUUCGAUACAAACUGUACAAUCUUCCUACAUUUACUAACCAUAAAAUAAAUAAAAAAUUAAGAAUUUAUUCAAAAA